AUGGCGUCGUUUUUAAUGGGAAGAAGGGCGAUCUUAUCACUUGGAGGUGCUGGGUCAUUAGGAUAUCUUGCAUAUCGUGCCGACAAAGAGAGUGUACAAGCGCGCCUAGGAACGACUAAUAUCCAUUUGAAGUACCCAGCUUCUGCAAAUUUCCCUGAACUCAGCCAACACGACAACACAAUGGCAAAAUGUCUUACCCCUGCCAUUUAUGCUAAAUUGAGGGAUAAGGCUACUCCUAAUGGUUGGACUCUCGAUCAAUGUAUUCAAACAGGUGUUGACAAUCCUGUUCAUCCCUUCAUUAAAACCGUUGGAAUUGUUGCUGGUGACGAAGAAUCAUACGAUACAUUUGUGGAUCUUUUCGACCCAAUCAUCGAAGAUCGACAUGGUGGAUACACGAAAGAUCAAAUUCACCCUACAGAUCUCGACGCAUCGAAAAUACGUGGAGGCAAUUUUGAUGAAAAGUACGUCUUGUCAUCACGUGUACGUACGGGUCGUUGUAUACGAGGUCUGAGCCUUCCACCUGCUAUUUCAAGAGCUGAAAGACGUGAGGUCGAACGAGUUUGCAUCGAUGCACUCGGUUCUCUAGAUGGACAAUUUAAAGGUCAAUAUCAUUCCCUUAGCAAUAUGACCGACGAGGAGCAAGAAAAGUUGAUCAAUGACCAUUUCCUCUUUGAUAAACCAGUGUCUCCGUUGCUCACGUGUGCAGGUAUGGCAAGGGAUUGGCCCGAUGGUCGUGGUAUUUGGCAUAACGCAAACAAAAAUUUCUUUGUAUGGGUAAACGAAGAGGACCAUACGCGUGUUAUCUCUAUGGAAAAGGGAGGAAACAUGCGUCCCUAA